CCCCUGUUCGAACUUAGCUGCUUGCAUCCCCUCCUCCGGUGUUUGUGGCGGUGAUACAAAACUACGGAAAGCGAAGAGGGACAAACCUCGAGUCAUUGUCAUGUGACUUUUUUUGAUGUAGCUGGAGUGGCGAUGCUGCGGUGGCUGAUAGGAGGCGGAGGACGGGAGCCUCAGGGGCUGGCAGAGAAAUCAGGCCAGCCCAUUGGUGAAGAACAAACACAAAAUCCUUAUACUGAGCUCCUUGUAUUGAAAGGGCAUCACGAUAUAGUGCGAUUUUUAGUGGCAAUAGAUGAUUACAGGUUUGCAUCAGCUGGUGAUGAUGGAAUUGUUUGCUUGUGGAAUGUUCAGAGUGGAGAGAAACUAUUUGAGCUACAUGCGCACACACACAAAAUUACAGCUCUUGCAGCUUUUCCUCUGUCAGAUACUUGUGAAGAAAAAUGCCACAUGAUUUGGACAGCAGCUGCUGAUAGGACUGUUGUAGUAUGGGAUUGUGAUAGUGGCAGGCAAAUUCACAAAGUAUCCUGCUUUCAUUCUACUGUAAAGUGUUUGACAGUUCUUCAAAGACUAGAUGUAUGGCUGUCAGGAGGGAGUGAUCUCUGUGUUUGGAACCGAAAAUUAGAUCUCUUGUGUAAGACAAGUCAUCUUAUUGAUGCAGAUAUUACUGCUAUGAUUGAACUACCAAAAAACUGUGUGGCAGCAGCUGUUGGUAAAGAACUGAUAAUUUUUAGAUUGAAAACUUCCAGAGAUGGAACUGAAUGGGAUGUCUUUGAAGUGAAACGCCUUCUUGACCAUCAAGACAAUAUUGUAUCCUUGGUCAGUGUCAGUGAACUGAUUUUUGCCACUGGCUCCUAUGUGGGAGAGCUGAUUGUAUGGGAUUCAUUGGACUGGACUAUGCAAGCCUAUGAAUGCAAUUGGGAUGCAUCUCUUCAUGUGGACCCACAACAAGAAAUUAAAUUAUCACACAGUCAAAAUGAAGUGUCAGUUCAACAUUUAGCUUCUGAUGAGGAGUGUGUGUUUGCUGCUGUUGGAAAGGGCAUAUACGUGUAUAACCUUCAGAUGAAGCGUGUGAUUGCCUUUCAGAAGACUGCUCAUGACUCCACUGUUCUGCACAUUACAACAGUUCCAAACAGGCAGCUAAUCUCCUGUUCAGAAGAUGGCAGUGUUCGAAUAUGGGAGUUAAGAGAGAAGCAGCAACUUACUGCUGAGCCAGUUCCAUCAGGUUUUUUCAGUAUCUGGGGAUUUGGAAGGACAAACAAGCAAGUCAAUCACAUAACUAAAAAGACACCAGAGAGCACCACUGUUUUCUCCUUGGAUCUUAUUGGGGAUUUGAUUGGCCAUUCUUCAGCUGUACAGAUGUUCCUGUUCUUUACUGAACAUGGCCUGGCAACAUGCUCUGCUGAUAACUUCAUUAUUUUGUGGAAAGAUGGAGAACGGGAAUCUAGACUGCGCAGCUUAAUGCUAUUUCAUAAAUUAGAACACAGUGAAGAUUUGCAGCUUAGGAUCUAAGAUGCCUUAAAUGUGAAUAACUGUAUGGAAGUAUGAGUGACUGCAAUAAGCUGUUUGAAAUCUUACGUAUUUAAAAUAACAUGGUGUAUAAUGUUGUUCUUGAAUUUUAUAUGUGUGUGUGUGUGUAUUGUUCUAUAGAAACUAGAUAAUUUUGUGCAUUUGAAACAUUGGCUGUAUUCUUCUUGGUGAUUUACAUAUGUGUAAGUUUUCCUAACAGCAAUGGGACAAUUUUCUCUGAUACUACUGUAAAUGUCUGCAUUUAGUUCAAAGUGACAGAAGUGGAAUUGAGCAUGUGGCCUAGUUGCACAUGCAGAAUUGCACUCUUGGCUGAUGGAUAUUAAUUCACUUCUGCUGCAAGUUGUGAUAGUAGUCCUUUGGUUUUGUGUUAGAUUGUGCAUUCAGUUAUACAACCUAAUAAAUAGUACAAUCAGCAGGUCAUGCUACAUACAGAGAUUUACUUCACACAUUCCUAGUGUAGAAUUUUGGCUGAGAGUAAUCUACAUUAGCAGAUGUUAAAACAAAUAAGACUAGUAAAGGAAUAGCAUUUUAUGAGAAGUGGUGUGAGCAAUUAAUUUUAACUUCAUCUUGUAGUUCUGGCUUUUUUUUAUUGCACUGCUGAAGCACAUCAUAUGUUGCAGUGUCUGCCAAAAUCUAGAAUGCUUGCCAAAUUCUGGGAGUCCAAACAGAUAAAUUGUGCAGUGGCUUUCCAGGGAAACUCACAGAUGCUCCACAUUCUGUCUGGCUAUGGAAGGUGUAGUACUGCUGCCUGUCAGCCUCUACAAAAGUUUGUGGUCUGUGCCUGGCAGGUAGAACUGUUCUUGUCCCAUGGAAAUCACUCCUAUAUGCAGUCAGCCAAUUUAUCCAGCGUCUAUGGGAAUGAAUGGAAGAGGGUAUCUAAUUUUGAGGAAGCAGCCACUUCAAAACAGUAUUAAAAUUGGCCAGUGAAAUAUUUGUUUAGGAGAGUAGAGAUGUUUUGACAAAGCUGCUUCCUCAUUCAUGAAAGCAUACAUUUCCAUGGGACAAUCCAAGUAAGCUGAAGAGAAACCCAGAGAGAGAGAGACGCCUUCAAAGUGUAUUCUAAGAGAGAAAUUUAAUACAUUGAGGUUCUUUGUUAAUGAAGCCCUAGAAUUAGACAGAAUAUAUGAAGGUAUGUCAUUUCUUUGAACCCCAAACUUUUUGUUAUGUAUGUGAUAUUUACAUUAUUCCAGUCUCUGUCACUGUUUAUUUUGUGACUGAAGAAAAAUUAAACUGAGCAGACAAAA